AAUAAUUUGCUCAUCAAUAAUGGUCCUUGUUGCAAUAAGCUACCCCAUUUUAACACUUUAAUUCCACACAUGUAGAAAUUUUUGGCCAUCUACACAGUAGCAUUGGCAGAAAAAAAAUCUCCAAAGUGUGAGAUCUUAACUCCUAGCACGCAGCAUCAAGAGAGACCAGCCCAUUCUUCACCUGCUGAUAGCUGUUGUGUGCUCUUCUCUUCUCCCCAAUCAACCGCACAACUCCUCCCUUCUCCUCCUUCCGGAACCCGCCGCCACCAAAAUCUUACUGCGGCUUUUCUUGCCGGCGACACCGAGUCCGCGAUCCAUUUUCACAUCGCUUACAUCAGCCUUAGGUCAGUUAUCAUCCAACGUACCAGUAAUUAACAAGGGCGGUCGUGUGUGCUUUCUCUCUCACCGGAACCUACUUUUUUUUAUACGAUGUCGUUUUAUCGCGGAUUGUAUAAGAUUGCGAGAAAUCUCAGAGGCGGCGGCGGCAGCAGCUUUAACGGAAGUCGGUUCCAUAGUCUCCAACUUCUUACUUCUCAUGAACACAAGUCAAUGAAGUCAUCUAUAGGCUCUGCUGAAAUGGUCAGAAGUUUUGUUUUCACAAAGGGUCUGCCAGCAUUGCAUAGUUGUAGUUAUCAAAUCCAUCAAAAAAGCCACUCCAUUUCUGAGGAUGAACUUGAUCCAUUUUCCAUGGUUGCUGAUGAACUAUCACUUGUUGCUAACAAUUUGCGAGCAAUGGUAGUUGCUGAGGUUCCUAAACUUGCCUUAAGUGCUGAAUACUUCUUCAGAGUGGGGGUGGAAGGAAAAAGAUUUCGUCCAACUGUUUUAUUGUUAAUGUCAACAGCAUUAAAACUAUCAACACCCAAGCCACCUCACCAUUUUGACCAAGGAGGCAGUGUUGUGACAGAUCUACGCGCAAGACAGCAAUCCAUGGCUGAAAUAACUGAGAUGAUCCAUGUGGCUAGUCUUCUUCAUGAUGAUAUUCUGGAUGAUGCAGACACCAGACGUGGUAUUGAUUCAUUAAAUAUUGUAAUGGGCAAUAAGUGGGCAGUGUUGGCUGGGGAUUUUUUGCUUUCUAGGGCUUCUUUUGCUUUGGCUUCUCUGCAAAACACAGAGGUUGUAUCUUUGAUGACAAGAGCUAUAGAUGAUCUUGUAAGAGGAGAGAUCAUGCAAAUGAGUACGACAGCAGAUCAGCAAUAUAGUAUGGAAUAUUAUAUGCAGAAGACAUAUUACAAGACUGCAUCAUUGAUUUCAAACAGUUGCAAGUCAGUAGCCGUCCAAGCUGGCCAAACAGCAGAAAUUGCAAUGCUUGCUUUUGACUAUGGAAAAAAUCUGGGGUUGGCAUUUCAGUUGAUAGAUGAUGUGCUUGAUUUCACAGGCACAUCGGCUUCCCUUGGAAAGGGUUUUUUGUCAGACAUUCGCCAUGGAAUUGUAACUGCUCCAAUAUUGUUUGCAAUGGAGGAGUUCCCUCAGCUGCGUGCAGUUGUUGAUAAGGGCUUUGACAACCCUGAAAAUGUUGAUAUUGCUCUUGGGUACCUUGGAAAGAGCAGAGGUAUACAAAGGACAAAAGACCUGGCUGUAAUUCAUGCUAACCUUGCAGUAGCAGCAAUUGAUUCCUUACCAGACAGUGAUGAUGAGGAAGUAAAAAAAUCAAGGAGAGCCCUUGUAAAUCUUACUCAAAGAAUCAUUGUUAGUCACUAGCUUAGCUCUUUACUUGUAACUUAAGUUACUGAUAUAAUUGGUUGGUUAGUUGUUGUAGUAAUAAGUGAAAGCUUUUCAAAGAUGCUGAAUUAAUUAUGAACAUAAAAAACAAAUUUACUGUCACAACUAAAAUAGUCCUGAGAUUAGCGUUGUGUACUAAAAUUGUCCCCGAUAUUUCAAUUGCAUUAAUUAUAUUCUUGAGAUUGACAAAAGUGCACUAUAUUAGUUUCUGACUCAUUUUUCAUUAAUGACGUGACGACAUGGCUUGAUGACGUGGACUGUAAGUGACACGUGUCACUCUAUGAUUUGGCUACGUGUAAUGAUAUGAUAAUGUGGUGACCAGUGACACGUGGCAUGCUGAUGUGGAUGGCUGUGUCACGUGUCCGUUUGUGCCAUAUGUCUUAACAGUAUUCGUCUACGUGUCGUUCAUUAUGUCAUUAUUGUAGAUGCAUCAAAUUAGUCCCUUAUUUUGCAUUAAGUGACUCAUUUUAGU